GUGCACACGACGACGUCCUUUGCACACUUAUUGUCAAGUGCUUUCUACGUUGACACAUGUUAAAUCUUAAUAAUAUGUAAUAGGUAUUCAUUGCCGACACGUUAAUCUAUAAACUAUACUUUUCGUUUCUUCCGCUACACCGAUUUUGUUAUUUUAUUUAAAAAAAACAUUGAACAUCAUAAAAAUGCAGUGCGAAAUUUUUGAAGAAAUACCUAAAGAAACGGUCGAAUAUUUCUGUGAACAAGUUUUGAAACGACAAUGGCCAGACAGCAUUCACCCCUACUACUUCAUUAAAACUGGUUUGAAAUGGAACAAUAAAAACGCUGCUUCCGUUUACAAAUUCUACUACAUUUCCAACGAUAUAGAGAGUGGCAUUUUUAUUGGCACAUAUUUACAACCAGAAGAACAUUUACCGGAUAUUGUUGUCACAUAUACCAACCCCGGAAAUGAGGAAAAGUUUCAAAGAGUAUUACAAAACACCAAAGUCAUCAACUGGCAAAAAGAAGUUCUUUUCCAAGCCGUCUUGGCAAGGUUAAGUGAUAUCGUGGAAUCAACAAUUUUAGAAAAAAACAUGAAGUGCAGACUAUAUGCUGAGAGUUUACUGAAAUGGAUGUCAGCAAGCGAAGCAACUAAAAUAGAAGUGAAAGUUCCAGACGGGGUUACCGUCCGUCGGCUGGACAAGGAUCACGUGGAUUUUAUUUACUCGCAGUGGGCCCACAGUGAUGUGUACUCGAAAUUCGAUAUCGUGGACACGGUAAACUUGAAUUUCGGCCUAGGUGUGUUCGGGGAGGAAAACAACGACCCGCUAGCUUGGGCUAUGUGUGGAAGCUACGGCGGUCUGAGCACACUGGUGGUGCGGCCGGAAUGCAGGAGACGCGGUUUCGGCAAGACCAUAGCCAACGCUAUUACCAAAGAAAUGGGCGAGAGGGGCAUAUCGCCACACGCGAUCAUCAACAGGCGCAACGUCGUGUCUCUCAAUCUGUUCGACGUCAUUGGCUUCAGCGAAACCGCAAUACCCGUUACGUACCUUCUAGCCCGCAAAUGAAAUACAUACCGCAAUUAAAUCGCGUGAAAAUUUGUUUAAAAGCGCAUCGCAUUACCAGUGAUGCGCAUGGCUGUGCAAAUCGACGCAUUCGUGAAAAA